AUGGCAACUCAAGAGAAGAAAGAUAUUCUCAACUGGGUCGACCCCAAGGACAAGUCUGGAGAAUUCAAAAGACAACAAUCUGUUUUCCGUGACUUCAUCAAGAACGAGCCCGGUGCUGAAUUUCCGGCCGAGAAAGGCAGAUACCACCUCUAUGUAUCAUAUGCCUGCCCUUGGGCUCACCGUGCAUUGAUUGUACGCAAGCUCAAGGGUCUCGAAGACAUCAUCUCCUACACAUCGGUCCACUGGGAGAUGCUUGAGAAGGGUUGGCGUUUCCCAAAGUCUGGUGAAGAGGUUCCUGGUGAGAACACCACACCGGACCCUUUGCACGAUGAUUACACUCACCUGAGCGACAUCUACUUCGAGAACAACAAGGACUAUGAAGGUCGCUACACUGUGCCCACUCUCUACGACAAGAAGCAAAAGCGCAUUGUCAACAAUGAGAGCAGUGAGAUCAUUAGAAUGAUGUACCACACCUUUGACGAUCUCCUUCCUGAGAAGUUCAAGAACGUCGAUCUUCUGCCUUCCGACCUCGAGAAGCGUAUUGAAGAGACCAACGAGUGGACUUACAACGAAAUCAACAACGGUGUCUACAAGUCUGGCUUCGCAACUACUCAAGAAGCUUACGAGAAGAAUGUCAAAACUCUUUUCAAGGCACUCGAUCGCGCAGAGGAGGAUCUUGCCAAGUCUGGUGGUCCAUUCUAUCUGGGUGACAAACUGACCGAGCUCGACGUUCGCCUCUACACGACCAUCAUCCGAUUUGAUGCCGUCUAUGUUCAGCACUUCAAGUGCAAUAUUCGUGACAUCCGCAGUGGAUACCCACACCUGCACAAGUGGAUGCGCAAUUUGUACUGGAACAACGACGCCUUCAAGAGUACCACCGAGUUUACUCACAUCAAGAACCACUACACGAAGAGCCACAAGCAGAUCAACCCGUUCUCGAUCACUCCAGUUGGUCCAGUUCCCGACAUCCUACCUCUCGAUCAGGAUGUACCCGCUGUCGCUGCCGCCGUACGUACGACGAAGCAGUAG